CAAGAAACCUCCAACAGGUGUCAAGAAACCUCCAACAGGUGUCAAGAAACCUCCAACAGGUAUCAAGAAACCUCCAACAGGUGUCAAGAAACCUCCAACAGGUGUCAAGAAACCUCCAACAGGUGUCAAGAAACCUCCAACAGGUAUCAAGAAACCUCCAACAGGUGUCAAGAAACCUCCAACAGGUGUCAAGAAACCUCCAACAGGUGUCAAGAAACCUCCAACAGCUGACGACAAAUUAACCUCUAACAGGUUACAGCAAACAAACCUUAAACAGGUGUCAAUAAACAAUCCUUCAACAGAUACCAGCAGUACAGGUGCGUUAGGUACAGGUGCCCACGAACUGGGACAGAGCCACAGGUGUUAGUGACCAACCAGCAACCGGUACUGACAAUCCAGAGAUGUAUUCAGCAAACGAAUGACACACAACAAUAAUGACACUGAACCCGACGCUCGGAGACCAAGGGGCACUGAAUCAGACACCGUCAUGGUGCUUCUGAGGACUGUGUUGAUCCUGCUGCAUACCUGCCAUCCUGGCACACCUGUAUCCCACCCUGGCACACCUGUAUCCCACCCUGGCACACCUGUAUCCCACCCUGGCACACCUGUAUCCCACCCUGGCACACCUGUAUCCCACCCUGGCACACCUGUAUCCCACCAUGGCACACCUGUUAAGAUUCAGAAAUGGAGAGCGCCCUUGCAUCAUUUCUCCGCCCUUCACCUGGCAGCUGAUCAACAUCUGUCAGCACGCCAACACCACCCAGUAGACAAACACCUGCCAGCUGACCAACACCUGCCAGCUGACCAACACCUGCCGAGUGUGUCUGGGCGAGCCCAGAUGACAGAGCAGGCGCGAACAAUUUUACCCCCAACACCCAAUAGGGUGAAGAGGCUUGUAAAGACAAUUAAUCUUCAUGGAGGAAAGAGAAGAAAAAAAAAGGGAAAGAAGAAGCGGAUAAAACAGAAGAGGAGGGGAAGAAAGAGAAUGAGGCAGUUGAAAGGUGGAGACUCAAAACACGAGCAACGUCGCCGGGUCAAGGAAGCCUUAUCCAUUGUGCCUUGGACCCCAGGACAUCCUGGUAACUUAACCUUGCCUCACUCAUCAACUCUAUCUCACUCACCGGCCUCCAUCACUCCACUUGACCCAAAGAAAUCCGAACUGGUUGAGCUGGUCACAGGAAGCAAGUAUCACUUCUUGUUGCAAGCCACACGAGCACCCAUGCUGGCGAACCACAGUUGGAAAGACCCUUCAGGCGAAAUGAGUCUACUUUCCACAGAAGACUCAAGCCAAUUUCUCAUUCCACUUGAUAUUGCUAAUAGCGAGAGCUUGAAGUGGCUUCCGUACAACCCAGACAUCAGAGUGAGCAUCCAUGUUGUUGGUGAAGGUGUUGGCGACGAGGUCCGGACGCCCCUGCCGCCCCGAGCCCAGGACCACCCGAACUCACGCCACCACAAUCACCACCAGCAGCAAAAUACGAUUCAAGGUUGGACCCGAAACACGGAGGACGAGGAGCCAGGAGAUGGGCGUCUUAUGUCCGUCACUACUGAACACCCACUCACCCGGCACCCCAUGAGUACUGCCCACCCACUCAUCCGGCACCCCAUUGUGAAAAAGUGGAAUCCCAUAAAGAUGGAACAGCCUCAACACCAUAGUGAGGAUGCAAGACCGGGAGAUGAAGGAACCCGACAUCAUGGUGAUGGCAUGUCACCAAAAGGUGGACAUACCCAACACCAUGGUGAUGGCAUGAAACCAAGAGAUGGAGGGUCCCGACACCACGGUGAGGGCAAUAGAACGAGAGGUGGAGCGUCUCAACACCAUGGUGAUGGCACGAGACUAAGAGGAAGAGGGCCUCAAAAGAAGAAAAAGAGGAAAAAGUUGGCAAACAUUACAAAAGUGAAGAUUAAAGAAAAAAAAAUUGGGGACAAUGACAGAAUGAAUAAAAAGUCCAUUAACACGCAAAGUGAAGAUAGAAGAUCAGUACGAAAGCAAGGGAAAAUACAAGACGAAAAGGAGAAAAGGGGUAAAGAAGGAAGGAGGAGAGGAGAGGAGAGGCAGACAGGGUCGACACAGGACUUGGUGCUGGGCCUAGCUGAGGCCCUGGAGCAGAUCCUCAGCACGGACCAACAAGACCUACAGCCCACCAGUCACCACACUGCUGCUGGAGGUGACCCGUGUACCGCUUGGUCCACCUGCCGAGUGGAGGAGGCGCUGCAGGAACUGGCUAGCCUGGAGACACUGCCCUCCUGCCCCUGCUUGUACCCUGCUGACCUACCCUACCAACACCAUAUUUAUGACCCCAUCCACCACACCCACUUCAGGUGGGUGGGAGUGAGUAGCCAACGGGAGAGGAUCGACGUGUAUCACCGAGGCGCCCAACACUGUAUCCGCUCCCACGUUACCUCGGCCUCCCUGGCCGCACAGACCUGCUGCUACGACAGAGAGCGACAGCUACUGACACGAGGGAGCGGGGCAGGAAGCCCAACACUUGCCAGCCCAGAGGUAAAUUUUGCUCUACACUGGCAGGUCGACAUACUUCCUUGGCUUGCCUGUAGAGGCAACUUCCUGAGAUACCAAGCUGUCCGUCCACCCAACAAUGGUCAGACGUGUCCCACUAACCCCGGUGACCUCAAGUACCACCAGCAGGUCAACAUGGCCACUGACUACUGAUUGUUCAAGGCAAAAGGUAUCAAGUUAAGGCAACCACUCUUAAAUACCAAGAGCAAGCAACUUAUCCAGGCUGAACACAUUCCUACACUUUCUUCUGUUAUUAGAGAAUGCAGCCUCCAGCACCCACUCAGAUCACUGCAUACACAUUAUGGCGAGCGAAUUAAAUUAAUAUAAAUAGUAUUAAUGAGUAACUUGAAGGCAUUGUAUUUAAGAAGUAGUGUAGUGUCUGGUAACGCAAUGUUUGCAAGCAGACUCCAUCUUCUGUCAAGGAUCUGGACUCUACAGAGCUAUACAUAUUAAACUGACAAUCACCUAUAAUUUAUUCAUAUAUAAAAUGACUUAAGAGACAGUAAGGAGUUUGGCAGAUUGUAACUUUGUACAGAAUUUAAACCUUUCUCUGAAUCAGAUAUUAAUUCCAAUUUAUAUCUUGAAACUUUUUAAUUAUACUGAAAUCAACAUACAGUAUUAUAAUGAUCCGAACCUCUUUUCAUGUAAGGUAUUCCCCCCUCGCUAUGUAAGAGUCUGUUGACAACUUUGGUAGUAACUUAUGAAUGGGAAAGUGUCCAAAUACCCUAAAUCAAAUAUUGACAUCGUCUUAACCAGUAGGAAGUUGUAUGACAAUUACUACCUUAUGUAUGCUAGUAUAGAGGUACAGAUGGAUAACCCACACCUAUAUAUUUGUGCAUUUUAUGUAAAAAUUUACACUAAGUCUUGCACACUCUUCUUAGUGCUUUAUCAAGGUCUCAGUAUAUGCUUAGGAUGAGACUUACAUCUCGAUGGAUCAUCACUGCCAAUGAGAUAAUUAUCCAUCGAGAUUUAAGUCUUACUCGAACCAUAUACUCAGACCUGGGAGGAGCCGGUCGGCCGAGCGGACAGCACACUGCACUUGUGAUCCUGUGGUCCUGGGUUUGAUCCCAGAUGCCGGCGAGAAACAAUGGGCAGUUUCUUUCACCCUAUGUCCCUGUUACCUAGCAGU